GUAGGGAAACCACAGCAACAACCAUAAGCAUCAGUAAUAGUAAGUAAUAAAUUUUGAGUGAACAGCAUACAGUACUAAUAAUACAUUAUAUGUUUAGAGGCAGCAGCCAACCAAGAUAGUGUGUGUGUACCUGUUUGUACACCUGUCUGGACACUUGUGUAUAAACCUAUGUGCACACCCAUGUGUGUGGACGCACGUAUGUUCACAAGAUUUCUCCAUGUAAGUGUCUAAUAGUGGGUAUGGGGAGCCAUAACGCUGCCCCGCAGGUCAUCAGCGACUGGAGGAGAUCCGGGCCCCAGACAUGUAUAGGAUUACAGGAUUUCUACAAUCUUUACAAGGGGGCAAUAUGAGUGCAGUGAUGGAAUGUAACUAAGUCAAUUUAUUCGUCUACUAUUCAUAUAAGUUUAGUUUUGAUUUGCUUGUACUUGUGAAAUUGAGUUUGCCAGGUUCCACUUAUUUGGUCCUGAAGGAACCUACUGGAGUGGCAGUGUCGUCUUCAGAGGCCUCAUCUUUAUCACCAUGGUCACCUGCAUCUGAAGGAUAAUCAUUGGGACCAGACUCAACAAUAAUACUCUACCAAAGCUCAGAAAAGACAGAUGGUAUGAGGACCUCAUGACAGCAAAUUGCAAGAAAUGUGUGUAAAUUCCAGCCUUGUCAUCCUAUGCUUUCUUCUUCCUGGAAAAAAGAAGAAGAAGAAGAAGACAGGAAGUGUUCCUGUUGCUGUUGACGAGCACGGGCGUGAGAUAACGGAGUGCGGAGAUUUCGAGGUCAGGAUAUCUGUAACAAUGGAAAUGGAUAUAAGUGGAGUAUCCAGGACACGUGUCUCCAUUCUUCCUACAACUGACAUCAAAGCCACAUUGAAACCAGAAGCAGAGAGACCUCGCUGUGCCAGCACCCCAUGUUCACCAAUCAGAGGUACUGUUGCAGGAUACCAGAUUCUCCACAUGGACUCAAACUAUUUGGUGGGCUUCACCACUGGUGAGGAGCUGCUCAAACUGGCCCACAAGUGGUCAGAAGGUAAUCCUGAGAAGGCCCGUGUAUCAGAUGCAGUGUCCAGCUCCAUCAAGAGCACUGUCCCUAAGUCUGUGGACCUGGGCAUCCACCGGUCUUCACGUAUUUUCAAAGCCAAAGGCCGGUACUACCAACCAUACGACAUUCCUGCUACUAAUGGACGAAGACGAAGGCGUAUGCCCAGUUCGAGCGACACCUUCCUCAGAUCUCUGGCCCACGGCGAGUCUGGGAGGGCUCUGCAUGCUCCACUACCACUCUGUUUGCUUAAAAGUAAAGGUGCCCAGUCCAAGUCUCUUGACUACCUUAAUCUGGACAAAAUAAGUAUCAAAGAGUCAUCAGACACUGAAGUGCUACAGUACCAACUGCAGCACCUCAACCUACGAGGGGAGCGUGUGUUUACCAGAAACAAGACAUGAAAGCACAGUGAAACUUUUUUAGAUGUGUUUCAUCCUCUGGGGUAUUUAGGUGCUAUUUCUAGACUUGUUUCUUUCUACUAUGAUUAUUAACAGUUCUUUAAGGAGGCAGUCUGAUGAUAAUCUUGUUCUAUUAUUAGUUGGGAGGUUUACCUUGUUCUGUAUGCUUAACAUUAUGAGGUUUUUGAGGUUAAAAAAUUGAAUUAUAUAAAUUUAGCAAUAACUGAUGGACCUAUUUAUUGACAGUUUUUAUUGGCAUUGUUGUGUGUUUGUAAUGGUUGGAUACACACUAUUAUACCAGCUUAUAGCUGAGAAAGCACAUAUCACAUACAGUAUCAGCUUUAAAAUGCACCGUUGACAUCAGUACAAUAGUUUUACUGUGACUGUUCUUGUUUGUUUGACAUUAAGGAACUGCAUUUGGAGUUGUCAAAUUAACAAUAUAAUGUUAUUGUAUGUUGCACAUUUAUUUACGUAUUUAUUUAUUGAUGUAGUACUGUUGGUUUAGAUGUCAAUAUGAUUUCCACGCUCUAAUUUACAGUAAUGUAAGUAAAUCAAUUAAAAA